UUCACAGAAAUAAACAUGGCGGGUGACAACACCACCACCGGUUUGGAAAACUAUUUGCACAUCAUUUUCCCACAACCAUGCUAUGAUGAGUAUUUUGUGAAAUUUAAUUUCUUUCACGCUCAGUGUUUCAACAUAGUACUUAGCAAAGCCUUGGGAUACAGUAUUAUCUUAGGAGCUGUUAUGGUGAAACUUCCCCAGAUUGUGAAGAUUCUGAAGGCGGGGAGCGGGGAGGGAAUCAGUCUGGCCGCAGUCCUGUGUGAACUCUUUGCCAUAUCAGCCACAACAACAUAUGCAUUUGCCAUGAGCUUCCCAUUCAGUGCUUAUGGUGAGGGUCUGUUCCUGACAAUACAGACCAGUACUAUUGCCUUUCUGAUCCUCUUCCUGGGUAGUAAUGCUGCGGGGGCUUUCCUGUUUGGAGCCUCCUAUAUAGGAAUCAUGGCUUAUCUGCUGUCAGGGCUGUGUCCACUGCCAAUAUUAGGGGCUUUACAGAGUAUAAAUAUACCAAUAGUUAUACUAAGCAAGAUGCUGCAGGCUGUGACUAAUUUCCGGAAUGGCGGGACGGGUCAGCUGUCUGUGGUGACGGUCUUCCUGUUGUUUGCGGGGUCGCUGGCCCGAGUCUUUACGUCCAUCCAGGAGACUGGGGACACGCUCAUUAUCGUCACCUUUAUUGUAUCAACAGUCUUCAAUGGCCUUAUAUUUGCUCAGAUUUUAUAUUACUGGAAUGCCAAACCUAAGAAGGACUAAAAUACAAAUCAUUCCAUUUGUAAAAUAAAGCCAUAUGAAAGAAAAUUAGUCCAGGGAAUUUUCACAGGAGAACUAUUUUGUUUAGUUUUUGAGUUAGUGGGUCCAUUCUGUGUUUUUUUAGAAAGUAAAUUUUGUUUUUAGAUUUUAUUUUAAAAUUCAUAUGUUUCAUCACAGUCAGAUAACUGUGGCAUGUCAAAAAAAAUGUAAAUCAUAAUUGAUGUUUUAAAACCUUGCUUAAACCAGACAAUGUUCUGUUGUUGAUGAUAAUCUGUAAAUAGACUGUAAAACUUUUAUAGCUCAAAGGUUUAUUCUUGUAUCACACAUGUUACAAAUGAUUUAUUUGAUAUCUAUAUGCAAUUUCUUGAACAAGAUUCAUGUUGAUUCCAUGUAUGGUAAAUACUGAAUUGUUGAAAACAAUUGUAUAGUAAUGUAGUAGACAAAUAUAACAUUACAAAUUCUGAUACAAUAUCAUUGAGAGUUUUUGUACACCACAAUAUGACACAUAUAAAUUAAAAAGAGAGAGAGAAA